GAAGGUUUAUUGUUGAAUAUGUUUGGAACGCAGUGCGAUUAUUUUAUUUUAAAUCAAUUUUCUGUGUUUGUAAAGACAGGGAGUCCCGUACGCUUUUUUUUAACUAUUAAAUAUAAUAUCUGUACUAAUUGUACUUUUACAGGAUGAGUCGUGAAAAUCUUAAACAGAAUAUAAUUAGUGCAUGACAUCAUAACAAGAAUGAGUUCUCCUGCUCAGUUUGUUGAAGAUGCAAUUGAAGCUGCCAAAAGGGCUGUACAAUUUGAUUCUGAUGGUCAGCAUGAAGCUGCUGCCUAUUUCUACAAAAUUGCCUCAAGAUUACUCUUUCAAGCAGCUGCAGUAAGUGAUGAAGUACAAGUUGAAGGCCUUAAAAACAAGGCUGAGGAAUACAAAAAUAGGGGUCAAGUGUUACUGGAACAACAUGCAGCUAUCCAGGUCAACACUGAGCAAGACAAGAGUCGCCAGAAGCUGCUGCAAUUUAGAUUCCUCAUGCAACAAGCUCUGGAAGCAGAUGCAGCUGGCCUCCAAGACACUGCUAUUGAACUCUACACCAACACCAUUGAGUUUGUCACACAACAUUCAGAGUUAAUGCAAGGAGAAACCAAAGAAUUGACCAUUCGAGCUUUGGAAAGAGCUGAAGAAUUAAAAGGAAUCACAUUCUCACCCAGUUCUUCUUCAGCUGAAACUUCACCAACAAAGAGAAGUCAUGCAUACACUGUGAAUGCAGUUGGGCAGGCCUUGCCAAAACUGCACAGAGGAUCCAGUGCACAUUUACAAGUUGUAGGGAAUACAGAUGGUUACACAGAGGAAGAAAAACGAGUAUUAUUUCACACAUCUAAAAUCAACCAUCUGGAUUAUGUGCCUUUCAUGGCAAUCGAUUUAAAGGAAAAAUUUCAGUACGCGAUUCCGUUUACUGAUAAAGAUGGACACUUAGCACUGGCACCGAAACAACGACAAAGUUUUCAUUCCUGGGUGCGUCCACAGGAUAUCUGCCCAGAGCCUACAAUCCUACUCGGGAAUCAUCCAGAUUUUUACAGUAUCAAGCAGACAGUGAUCUCCGACUGUUCAUUUGUUGCAUCAUUGGCAGUCAGUGCCUUGUACGAGAAGAAAUUCGGGCGCAAACUGAUAACAGCAAUUAUCUACCCACGAAAUGCCGAAAAGAAGCCUCUACUCAACCCGUUUGGCAAAUAUAUGAUCAAACUGCACCUGAAUGGCGUCACACGGAAAGUUAUCAUCGAUGAUUACCUGCCGAUUAAUCGCCACGGACAAUUGCUAUGCUCAUACUCUGCAAACAAGAGCGAAUUUUGGAUUUCUUUACUUGAGAAAGCCUACAUGAAAGUUAUGGGCGGAUAUGACUUUCCUGGCAGCAACAGCAAUAUAGAUCUACACGCUUUAACUGGUUGGAUACCUGAACGUGUUGCCAUUAGACCUAAAGACGCUGAUUUCAAUAAGCAAAGCCUUUUUAAUAUUCUCGAGACACGAAUGGCGAAGGGAGACGUUUUGGUAACCGUCGCGACUGGGGAGAUGUCUGAUUCGGAGGCCGAUCGUACCGGUUUGGUGGCUACUCACGCCUACGCUGUGCUAAAUGUGCGCACUGUAAACGGUGUGCGUCUGCUGCAGUUGAAGAACCCAUGGUCGCAUCUACGAUGGCGCGGCAAUUAUUCCGAGCUGGAUAUGCGACACUGGACACGCGAGUUGCAAGCAGAACUUAAUUAUGAUCCACACAGUGCGGCGCAGUUUGAUAAUGGAGUGUUUUGGAUAGACUACGAUAGUAUUUGCGCAUUCUACGAUGUAUUUUAUUUAAAUUGGAAUCCCGAAUUGUUUAAAUACACGUAUUGUCUGCAUGCCGAAUGGAAGGCUGGAAUGGGUCCCACACGAGACGUUUACACAAUUGGAGCCAACCCACAGUUUGAGUUAGAUAUUAGCAAUGAAGCGACAGGGGCUGUUUGGAUAUUGCUCACUAGACAUAUAAUGGACAUUGAAGAUUUCAAGGAGAACCGGGAGUAUAUCACCGUGCUAGUUUACAAGAAUAAUGGCAAACGCGUAUAUUAUCCAAUGGAUCCGCCGCCUUACAUCGAUGGAGUACGAAUAAAUAGCCCGCAUUAUUUAUGCAAAAUCAUAUUAACACCAAACUCAUGCAGGAAGUUUACUCUAGUCAUAUCACAGUACGAGAAAACUGCCACCAUUUAUUAUUCAUUACGCGCUUAUGCAACUUGUCCGUUUGGAUUGAAAAAAAUCGAGGAACCAUAUCGAUACAAGAAGGAGAUUUCCGGUGAAUGGAAAGGUGCUACUGCGGGCGGUUGUGGCAACCACCAGGCCACGUACCGUAACAAUCCGAAGUGCAAGUUGGAGAUAAGCGGGGCAACGGAAAGCAAGAUCUUAGUGGAGUUGAAAGGUCCGAAGCAAUACCAGGUGGGUUUCGAUAUCACGAUCAAAAGUUUGGAGGAUGAUAGCGUCACAGCGCCGUUCCGGACAACUUCCUCCGGGUCGUACCGCUCCGGUUUCGUCAUCCUCGAACUCGACAACAUUCCCGCAGGAUGCUUGAUCAUAACGCCCACGACAUUCCUACCCGGCCAGGAAGGACCUUUCAUACUUACGGUCAAGUCAUCAUCACCGAUUCAGCUUUCGCUUUAUUAGUGCCUAAGAGAAAUAAAAUAAAAUAUCGUAAAGUUAACGCCAAGUUUUCUAGCAAUGUGAUCAUGUGUUGAAUAAUUUUUUUACCAUUCUAAUGAAUACGCUUUAAAAUUCAGGAGGUUCUGUUAUCAAUUUAGAAUAUGAUGUUGAUUGAUCAUGUUACGAUGACGUAUUAUGCACAGAUGUUCUCUAUGUAAUUGAAUGAGUAAUAUAUUUAUUUUUACUUA